CUCCACCUCAAGUCGCAUUCUUCGAAAAUCGGGUAACGCGUGUUGCAAAUUAGGCAACUUGCCAAUGACAAAACCCACAAAAAAUAACCUGCCAAUACCAAACGGAUGCUAAAUAAGUUGUUUUGUCUUUGUGGUUAAAAUGUGUCACGUGCAGUCUUUUCUAUAAAAACGUGUCUUGUGACGUUUUCAAAAAUAGGUUUUCGCCAAAGUGAGAACUAAGAACCGAAAAAUGAUCGGAUUCUCCUAGAUUUCAAAUUGAAGCGAACGGCUCAAGUACACCACCAUGUUAAUCCUCGGGUUUUGGUGAAUUUAUAAGGUCAUGUGAACAAUGCCUAUAUACUAUACAAAGGUGCAACAUAAAAGCGCAACGCUUAAACCUUGAUACUUGACCAUUUGGCCAAUACUCUUCUAUAGGGGGGAAGCAAGGUAGCACAUCUUAGAUGCCUUGCAGAUAAUUCAUGCCAUACCCCCAUCUUAGAACCUCAGGUUGAGUGACCCGAAUCUAAUUUGUGCACUUCUCGUCGUAGAAAACUCGAAGAGAAUUCCCCGUCUAUGCACCCUAGGGAACAUUUUGCUUUGCUUUGGCCCGUCAUUCCUUUCAUUAUUGGUUGCCAGCUCUUAGAUGCCUUGCAGAUAAUUCAUGCCAAACCACGUAUCGGUAUUGGCAUAAUCACCUGAUAAAAGUAUUGCAACAAUGCGUUUUGGAUUAUUUUUGCUAGGGUGCUGCCAUGGGAGCCCAUGGGUCAUUUCUCCUUGGAUUGAAUCGGGUGCAACAGUGAAAAGUUUAAUACUACUACCACCACGUAGCAGGGAGGAGGGUACUGGCUUGUCCCAAUCGAAGCCUCUGUUCACCCAUCUUUGGAGAGCAAAACAAGUCCAGAAUAUGUUAUCGUUUUGCUAUCCGACCAGCUGUCAAGUUUUGGUUUCAUGCGUGAGAACCUUCACUGUCAGUGCAGCGCUCAGAUCCAUGUCGACUUGCGUGUUUAAGAUAGCUUAAAGAGACAGGAAUUCACUCGUAGCUAGGUUAGCUUGAUUGAAAUACUAGGCUGUAGGGCUGUGGAACAUCCACCAUGAUCAGAUUAUUCAGAUAGACAGACAAAGACACCAACCGGGCAUGUGACGGACUUACCAACCUGCUGCUGCUGCUAGCUACCUCAUUAAUUUGCUGCUGCUGCGUAUUUCUGAUCUGUAGGCUCAUUAGCUGGUCCAGAAUCUUGCAUACAUUAUCAUGUCGACGGCUCCAUGAUCGCCAUUACCUAUUGUUUCUUUUUUUUGUACUACUGCCCACACUUGGCGCCACGGCAUUAACUGCUGUCAGCUACUACUACGUAGUGUACUGCUCUAAAUUAUUGUUACCGCUUAAUAAGUAAAUACUGUGCUGGCCGUGCAUGCACUUGUGCGUUUCAACUGAGCUAACCACGUGCAUGUGCAUCUUGACCAGAUCUCUGACGUCGGAAUCGUCCAUGACCCGGAACCCCAGCCGGAGGCUGCGAUCGUGGCUGAGCACGCUGCACGGCGACGGGGACAAGCGUGCGCAGCGCGACCAGCGCAAGGGGUGGAUGGUGACCAUCCACGACCUCUCCGGCUCCCCGGUGGCGGCGGCGUCCAUGGUCACCCCGUUCGUGCCGUCCCCGGGCUCCGGCCGCGUCUCCCGCGCCAACCCGGGCGCCUGGCUCAUCCUCCAGCCCACCGGCGCCGGGGCGUCCAGCUGGAAGCCGUGGGCGCGGCUGGAGGCGUGGCGGGAGCGCGGCCCCGUCGACGCGCUCGGCUACCGCCUCGAGCUCGUCUUCGACUCGGGCCCCGUCGAGUGCGCCGUCCCCAUCGCCCAGUCGUCCAUCAGCGCCAAGCGCGGCGGCCAGUUCGUGAUCGACCCGGCCACGUUCCCCGAGGGCUCCGCCGGCGGUGCGUGGCCGUUCGCCGGCGGGUUCGUGAUGGGCUCGACGGUGGAGGGCGAGGGGAAGGCCAGCCGGCCCACCGUGCAGGUCGGCGUGCAGCACGUGGCGUGCAUGGGCGACGUGGCCGUGUUCAUCGCGCUGUCGGCUGCCGUCGAUCUCUGCAUGGACGCAUGCAAGCUCUUCUCGCACAGGCUCAGGAAGGAGCUGUGCCAGGACCAAGACGACUAGUCUUGGUCGUCUCUCGUCUUGGUCGUCUUGGGCUUGACUCUUGUGAAGGUGAUGGCCUGUGGCUGUUUUUUUAGUUUAGGCUGGGUCGGAUCACAAGAACAGAUCGAACGAGUGUGUGCUUAUUCUUUCGUUGAGAUAUUCCUUCGAUUCUUUGUAGUAUAAUAAGUAAGUCUAUGCAGCUGUAGUAUUCAGUGUCGUGCCUGAUCGAUUCAUUUGGAAUGUUCAAUCAUGUUGAGAUGAG